ACUGGUGUGUGUGUAUUUACUCCUCCAGGGAGCUACUGCCUGUCCGUGCGACACUACAGUCAGGAAACCCUGAGAUGUGUGAAGCACUAUAGGAUUUUCCGGCUGCCCAACAAAUGGUAUUACAUCCAGCAGCGGCUGACGUUCCAGUGCCUGGAGGACAUGGUCAACCACUAUAGCGAGGUAAUGGAUGGGCUCUGCUGUUUGCUGACACAUCCCUGCCUGACCCAGCUCAGCACCGAGACCCCCACAGAACAGCCCAUCGUCAUGAGGCGCAGUCAGUUCAACUGGAGGAAUGUCAACAGGAGAGAGCUGUUGAGUGAAGAAGCACCCGCCGCCCGCGAGCAGCCUUUCCUGAGCUACGGGCUGCGGCACAGCAUCGCCUCCUACAUGUCCCUGGUCCAGGCUGAGGCCAAGGACGAGGACAGAUACACCUUCCAGGGCGGCAGCCACAGAAAAAAGACAGUCAAGCCGGACCCGCGUAACAGGCGUACGUGUCUGCUGACCUCCAGCCCCGAGGAGCAGUAUGAGGAAGAUGAGUUUGAGUUUGACUGAUGUGGGGAGGAACGUGGGUCAAUAUGGGCGGGUGGUUCUCUAUCGCCAGCUGGUUCUGGCCAAGAAGACAGAACCUUUCACCCCCUUCCCCCCCCCCUCACCCACCACAGCUUCCUCCCCCAUCACAACUCACAGGAGAGCGUCCGAGAUGCUACAGAGAAGUGGGCUGUAUAAAUGCAUGUUAUUGUUUUUCAGAGCAGGAAGUAAUCCCAGUCGAGACACCACAGAAGAACCCCCCCCUUCCCCCACUACAGUGCAGUGGUUAGAGAAAGCGCCUCGC